AUGGGUUGCAUGCUAGGGGAACAACGGUUUAUAACCUUUCCAGAAGAAGAUAUUAAGCUCCAACAUCCACUAGCAAACCUACAAGUACGGCUGAAAAAAGGUGUUUAUGUACAAAAGGAGAAAAAGAAAAAUACAGAAGAAAAGAAAAUUGAGCUGAGCAGAAUGGCAGAGUUUGGCCCUAACUCAUUAUUUCCUUCAGAGAUAAAAUAUAAUACCUAUGACAAUCUAAAUCCGUCAUUAUUUGCUUCAGAUGUGGAAUAUAAUACCUACAACAAUCUCAAUUGGACUGAAAUUGAAAAUUUGUUAAUUCAAAGUGUUCCAAAUUUUACUGAGUUUGUCAUCUUUCAUGUCAUUCUUUUUACUGUCUGCUUUUUGGGACUUGUAGGGAAUGGAAAAGUCAUCUGGAUUCUUGGUUUCCAUAUGAAAACAAAUUCUUUCUCCAUCUAUGUCUUGAAUUUGGAUGUGGCUGAUUCUGGAAUACUUAUACUGAAAGUUUUGGUUAAAAUAUUUGAGUUUCUUAAUGCAUAUCAUUUUAGAAUAUAUUUAAUUUUUUCCAGUCUUUAUUUUGUGAUGCACAAUACUAGUCAACUUUUAUUAAUAAGCAUCAGCAUGGACCAUUGCGUAUCAGUGCUUUUUCCAAUUUGGCAUCAAUGCCGUCGGCCACCCAAAUUGUCCCUCAUUGUGUGUGUUAUCACUUGGGUUCUGCCCUUUGUGUACUUUGCCUUGGAAAUGGUGAUGACAUUUUCAAAGGCUUUUCUAAUGUUUCAGAUUAUUUUCAGUUCACUGAUUUCUUACCCAAUGGUGGUCAUUUUCACUUUGAUCCUGCUUGUUAAAAUUUUCAUUAAACCACGCCAGCAAAAGCGGAAAAAAGUGUUGACGGUAGCCUUGCUUGCACUUGUGUGCUUCAUUGUACUUCGUUUGCCUCUGACCAUAUUUUCCAUUAUUGUUUAUGGUAUGCUAAUAAACAAAGAUGCAGCAUGGGCAUUGGAAUACAUGCUUUUGAACUCACCGAUAGUAAAUGAAUUGCCGGAUAACAGUUUUUUCGAUAUUUUGUAUAGUAUUCAGCCCUGGAUUGAACCUAUUAUUAUUUCUUCAUGGAUAUGUGACAUGUGUAUUGCAGUUAAUAGCAGCAUCAACCCAAUCCUUUAUUUCCUGGCUGGGAGAAAUAAAGAGGACCGAUCCAGAGUAUCCAUGAAACUUGCACUCCGCAGGGUUUUCAGAAAUGAGGAAGAUAUCAAGGAAGAUGGGACACAGCCUGAUGAAACCCAGUUGUGA